UAUACGGAAGGUUUCCAUUUUUAACCAUAUCCCUCAAGUUUUUAAAAUCUUUUUGGUGGAGGAUUUUUGCGUUUUCCUGGCUUAUCAAGAGUUUGAUGGGUUAGUUAUUCUCAUUCAAAUUAAGCCAUCCACCGAUUACUUUUGCUGUCGUUGAAAUUUACUCACGCUUUGAUUUACCUUCUAUUCAUUCUUAGCUGAGGUUUGUGAUCUUACUUGACAGUUUUCUUUUCAUGAAACGAUUUGUCUGUUUGAGUUCCCUAUCAAAGGUUUUUGAGUGAACUUUUAUUACCACGUGCUCCUAUCUGUCGCUCCUAAACACCGCUCGCUUCGGGAAAUCAAUCUUUUUUGCAGCAAAUGAAGUUUCGAAACGAUACAAGUAGUAUGAUUAUACAAACAAUCCCGUACUGAACUGACAGUUGUGUUGGCAGAAAACUCGAUUAUUGCGACUUCUGCCUGCCGUCCCUCUUCGAGAGGACAUGAGAGCUGCACGGGUGACUGUCAUGGCGGCGUCGAAUCUUGGCGGCCACGCGGCGUCUCCAGAUGACAAAGGAAUUGGAUGACGCAUGGAAUCUGGAGUGGUCAAGCACGGACCGAAUGUGUGGUAACUACUAAGUAAAAGCGCUUCGGAAUGUCAAUAAAACGCUGGAGUCUUCAAAAAAACAUGCUUGUUCAAUCAUGGCUACUGAAGGCUGGGAAAAUAAUCCAGAUUUGAAAAAGCUCUACAUUGGAAAGCUUAAGCUUGAGUCAACUGAGGAAAGUCUAAAAAAUCACUUUGGAAAAUAUGGAACUGUCACUGAAGUCAAGAUAGGCUUAGAUAAAGAUCAUAACCCAAGGGGGUUUGCCUUUGUGUCAAUGUCUGAUCAAGCAGCAGUGGAUCAAAUCUUAGAAGAUAAACCACAAGUUGUUGAUGGCCAGACUGUUUACCCAAGAAGGGCAAUUCCAAGAGAUGAUCCAAACCCACUGGCUCAGUUGAAAACAAAGAAGCUCUUCAUAGGAGGGCUUAAUGAAGAGGCCUCUGAAGAAGAUAUCAAGAAUGUGCUGGCCAUAUUUACACCCCAUCAACCAGAGAAAAUUAAACUGAUGUUUGACAGAAACACCAACAAAUUCAAGGGCUAUGCAUUUGCUUGGUUCCAAAAUGAACACAUAGUGGACAAGCUAUUUAUCAUCAGGAACUGCACAAUCAAAGACAAGAAAGUUGAGCUCAAGAAGGCAGAGGAAAACAGUGGACAGGGGGGAGGUGGUCAAGGUGGAGGUGGUGGAUUCCGUGGUCGUGGUGGAGGUGGAUUCAGAGGAAGAGGGCGGGGAGGUGGUCAAGGUGGUGGUGGUGGUGGUGGUGGUGGUGGUGCAGGUUAUAAUGGUGCCUACUCACAACCUGCCUAUGGUUCAGGUUAUGAAGGUUAUGAAAAUUACGGCAGUGGUGAUUACUCUUAUGGCAGUGGUUAUGGCUAUGAUGGUGGUUAUGGUAGUUAUGGUGGUGCCUAUGGCAGUGGUUAUGGUGGAGGUUAUCACAACAUGGGGGAGUACAGUUCUGAAGCAUCUUCAUAUGGUCCAAACAGGCGUGGUGGACAAGUGCGUGGACGUGGAGGAGGGGGUGGUGGUGCUGGUGGUGGUGGGUAUCGGCCUUACUAAGCCAGAAAGAACUGAACACAAAUGGAAAAAUUUUGUGUUAUUGAACACUGUGUAUUGUACUGUUUAUUGAUUGAAAAUCUCGUGCACUUCUGGAAUUGGACACUUGCAAAAGAAUUAGUAUCAUUUUUAGUAGCUGUACAUCAAUAAUUGUGAAAACAUGUACUUUUAAACCUGUAUUGUAGGUUGGUUGGUUGUCCAGCUAUGUGAUCUGAACUGAAAAGUUUGAAAUUUUUCCAUCCUUGUAUGUCUAACCAUAGACUGUACAAAGUAUUUUUGACUUGUGCAGGUCCAGGAGGAUGGCAUAAUUCCAAAAAACAAUAUUUCCUGAAGUACUUGUGCAUUUAGAUUUUAAAGCAAUCAGCAUUUUUCAUUCAAGGGACAAAGCAGACUUCUUUCAGUUGAAUAUGUACUCAUUGAAUUUUAAACCUUUGUAUUAAAGACUGUAUGUUGACAUAAGUAA